UACAAUAUCUGUGUUUUGCUGAUUGACAGUAGUUUUGAAAUUGAAUUUUAUUUCCCGUAUAUUCGAUUAAUUUUUUGCUUAUUAGUUUUCUUUGCCGAUUUAAUAUAUAAACCAUCUAGAAAUGUAUUUAAUUUCGACGGGGAAGACAACUGUUCUCUCCGAUUUCAGUAAUUUGGAAACGAAAUCCGUUUACCAGCACACUAAUGGCGAAACAACCGACUUUCAAUUCUAUGCGAGGCAACGCAUAUUCUUAGAGGUGAACAAAAAAUCGGGUCUGGAAAUAAUGCGAAUAAAGGACAAAGGCGAUCAAAUUUUAGAAAUUCAGCGUGUGCGCAAAUUGAAUAUUGGAAAUGUUUACUGUGUCGCCUGCGCCAAGCAGUCGCUGGAAGAAAUGGCGUUUGGUGGAGUAAAUGGGCAAGUGAGUCUGUACAAUUACAAAAACACCGAACUUUUACAUCGUUUUAAAGCUGAAAAUAAUCGUAAUAGUGUUCUGUAUUUGGAUUAUAAUGGAACAGACGAGUAUAUAGCCUCUGUGCUUGAAAAUGGUCAAAUCAACGUUUAUGGUACUAAAACGAAAACAAAAGUAGAUAGCGUCAACAUAGACGGAAACUCCACUCUGGCACGUUUUCAUCCUAGCAAGCGCUUCCAAUUGUCGAUAGCAUCUUUUAAAGGUGCCGUUACCGUCUACGAUUUACAAACUAAGCGCAAGAUAUUUAAUUUAAGCGAUGCGCAUGCUUCGCCCUGUCGCGAUUUGUGCAUGUCGGCUGCAACGCCUGAUGCACUGAUAAGCGUUGGCUACGAUUGUAUUGUUAAUGUGUUUGACACACGUCGCAGAACGCCUCAAAUCAAACUAAGUCACCCCCAUCCAUUAUCUACCGUGGCAAUGAGUAGUUGUGGUACAUACUUCUGCGUGGGAAACUUGAAAGGGGAGUUGAUUUCCUACGAUAUACGUAAUGUUAAAACAUGUUUAGUUACAAAAAAAGUACACGAUUGCUCCAUUACGCGGCUCUCAUUUGUGCCACUGCCAGAAGAUGAUAACAGCAUUAUAUCAAGUUUUUCCAACGCCACCGGAAAUAAUACAUCUAACACCACCGACAUGCCUGGCGAACAGCGGAAAUCCUUAGCAAAUACACGCCAACGGGACUCGUUUUGUGAUUUUUUAGACUUUCAGGCAAACAAACUGGAUCGAAUGUCUGCACGUUUUACAAUGCGGCGUGACAGCUUCGAUUGGGAUUCACUUGGGCGUAAGCCGAGCUCUGAAGAUAAUCGCACAAAUGUAUCGAAGGUAAAUGUCGGCAACGAAAGUGUCAAUAGCUCAAGUGAUAACUCCACUGAUGGGAAAUACAAUUUAAGUUUUGAUUACGUAAAUACACGACGUGCCAAAACUCUUGAAGAAGGAAAACUGCCUUUCUCAGCGUUACCGACGGCGCCACUUCGUGAUCGAAAUAGUAUUUCAAAAGUGAUUACAAAUUUGAAACAAAUCGAAGAGGAAGAAUCAGCACAACAAACUGAAUUAAGUUGCGAUAGUGACAAAGAGAAUCUCACAAAUAUGGAAAAAGAAUUCAGUCCAGCUGCUCAACUACAUAAAGCAUUAAAUGCAUACAAUAGUACACCCAAUCUUAAAUCGUUGGAUAGCUCGAAGGCGAGCACAAUUAAUCUACCAGAAAAAAAUAAGAUUACCGAAAAUAAAUUUCCAGAAACUGUAAGGACAUCUGUGUCACAAGUGGAUAUCUUACAGCAAAUCACUGAUUUGCGUAUGGAAAUGAACGCACGUUUUGAACACUUGGAAUCAGAAUUGAAAUUUAACGCAGAGCAAAAUAAAUGGCAAAUUUUUACACAGACAGCUGAUAUAUGGGCACGGCAAAUGAAUAACACCGAAGAUAUACGUGAUGCGCUGAGCUAUUUGUUGCAAAGCGAUCCUUUUGUCAACGAGUUUUUGCGUCUAAAAGACGAGAACGAGUUACUAAAGGCACAAUUACAGAAAUUCAUAGAGCAAAAGUAGGUAAAUGAUUGUGUUUUAGUUGAAAUCUAUUUAAACCUAUAAUUUUGUUUUGUAUCUCUAAAGACCGUAGAAACUAAACAAUUGUAGUUAAUUAAGAAUUCGCACUGAAUAGAUAUGUGUUAAUUUGAACUUGUAUUUCAUUAUAUAAUGCAUAAUUGUAACAAAAGACUUUAUGCCGCCAAACAUACAUCUAUGUACUGAUUAAGAAUAAAAGGACUAUGAUGUUAGUA